GCUGUUUGAAUAUACUCCGGAAACAACAGACGGCUUGGUAAUGGCAAACGACAACGCAGUAAACUAGUCGUUUAAUCGGUGUAAUUUGUAUAAUUUACCRAUUGAGAAAGGAAAAACUUUCGAUUUUAGGUUCUGCGGUAGCGAAUUAUGUUUGGUUGGAGCUGUUUUACCAGCUUAUACGACUUGCUAACCUAGCUGGCUAACGUUUUMGUACUUGCUAACGACGUAUGGCUGAAGUUAGCAUAUUUUCGUACGCUCUUUACGAUGUAAAUAUCAGCUUAUUUGGGACUUCGACGUGCGUUUAUCUGUAAAAGUCGAUUUGUUAGACAUUGCAAUGUUUAAUUGUCUCGUGGGUAGUAAUUAGUUUCACGUGAGGAUGAUUUAGAAGUUUSAGGAAAAGCAAUUAAAUUUAAGGGCUGGGCUCAACUGUUGCGAACGUAGCAGUAUCGUUCGCAGCAGGAGAUAGUGAACAGAAGUGCUAGAGAAAGYUAGAGAGCACUUUGUUAAAAGCACCUUUAAAAGAAUGAAAGUUAUGGAGAGAAAUGUAAUGCGUUUAGUGGCCGUGCAGCAGCUUCGCUCGGCUUAUGGAAUAAAGAUUAAGAGCUGGAACAAAAGCAAAGCAGCCAGCUGCAAGACGACAAUCUGCAACUCGACAAAAGUUUUUGGYGUACCCCUGGACAGCUUACCAUUCUGCUAUGUGGAAUGUGGAAAAGUGCCAAGAUUUCUGUUUGAUGCAUGUAUGCAUCURCUCGCACAUGCCGACACAGAGGGCCUGUUCAGGAAAUCAGGCUCUGUUGUCCGCCUGAAAGCACUCAGGGCUAAACUCGAUGCAGGAGAGGAGUGCCUGGCCACCGCUCCUCCCUGUGAUGUGGCAGGUCUGGUGAAGCAGUUCUUCAGGGACCUUCCAGAACCUGUUCUUCCCACGGAGCUGCAGGAUGCCUUUUUCAAGGCCCAGCAGCUCCUCGCUGAGGAGGACAGAACCUCUGCCACCAUGCUCUUGUCUUGCAUGUUACCAGACAGAAACAUUAGUGUUCUGCGUCACUUUUUGGACUUUCUUCACAGUGUGUCUCUAAGGAGUGCAGAAAAUAAAAUGGAUAGCAGUAAUCUGUCUCUCAUUUUGGCUCCCAACCUCCUUCACUCUGGAGAUGGAACAGAGAAGAUGAAUGCCAACACAGAGAAACGGCUCAGACUACAGGCAGCCGUGGUACACUGCUUCAUAGAGAAUGCUCACGCCUUUGGUUUGUUACCGCARUUUCUUCAGGAGAAAGUUCCUGCCAUGAUGGGCUGCGAGGCUGGUGGUCUGUCKCCCACUCAGGCCGAUGAUGAUGAGGAGGAUUUGAACUCUGGGAUGAAGAAAAAAAGCAGGCGCAGCUUUGGACAUAUGGUCAGUGAUGCACUGACUAAGAUAAAAACUAAUAGAACGCCCACAAAAGGCACCCAGGUAGAGAGUCUUGUCUUUUCCUCUGCAACUCCUGUGGUUGUGACGCCGUCCUCCAAGCGAAAGCUUCCCUUUGAGCCUCGCCAAUCUUUUGGAUUUUCAAACAAGAAACGUAAAUCUGUUAAAAAGAGCCUUGGGUUAGACUUACUUCCCAACCCUUUGUUCAGUGGCUCCACCACUCCUGGUUCAGCCUACAGCUCAUCGGGGGUCUUGGACUCUUCCCCAAACAUCUCAUCAUCAGCAGGAAAGCCUAAGAGGCAAUCUGCUACAGCUUCAAGGAGGAAGAGCAAACGCUUCAGUAACAGACAUGUUAAGAGAGUUGACUCUGGAAAAGCUGGCUGCUUUUCRCCUAAAGUCAGCAAAAAAGAAGAUCCACGCAAGUUCCUGCGCAAGCGUUUUAGCUUGGGAAAGAGCAGCAAAGAGGCUGGUACUGAGUCGAUUGGCUGGCGACUUGCCACACAGGAGAGCACCACAAGUUUUCUUUUCACUGAAGAGACCAAGUUCGGUUCAUUUGUCCUGCCCAGAAAUACAGAAUCCAAGAGCUCUAAGUACAUUAGCAAGUCAGAAGACAACUUGCUGACACCCCAGUGUGACUCCAGGACCCACCGGGUCUCGUGGAUUGAGGACACCCCUCUCAGCACGCAGGCCUUUGGCGGCGGGUCUUUUACGGAUUCUCCCAUUAACGGGCGUCUCAAAAGCAGCUACUUGUCUGAGCCCGCCAUCGUCGCAUCGAAGCUGUCGCCUGGGAGCGUCCUGCCCAUCAAGCUGUGUUGUGCUUCCAGCGCAGAGAGCGUUGAAGCUGAAAGAGAAACUGAUUCAGCGAGAGUUCUGAUGAAUGUCACCGAGCUGGGGCCUGCAGAGGACUGCUGCUCCACGGUACACUGUGUGAUAAAACCACCAGAAAGCAUCCCUGUUACGCCUGUGGUCCAAAACACUCAGACCCCCAGCUUCCAAGCUCAGCACAGCCUUCUGGGAAAUGACGAGAAUGCAACCUUUGGUCAAACUGAAGUCGCCGAGCUCACUCGUUUGCAUAUUGAUAGUGCAGUCUUUGAGUCCAGUGCCCACUAUAGUCCAGUAAAUAGAAUUAGAUCCGCCUCCUUCAGCAGCCACAGCAACUCUUCAAUAGGACCAGCUGAGCUGAUGGCAGAGCAGGUGAAAUGCAGCAGGUUUAUAGACGCUCUGGAUGUGCAGAGCCCUGCUCGUUUCACACAGAGCGUCUCCUCAUCAACUCCRUACAAACUGCUCGAAGAGGAGCCCGAGGUACCGAAUCAAACCAGCAGCAAAUUACAUGAGAUGGUCAAGUUCUCCCUGGACACCGGGACCAAAGCUGAAAUCUGUUGUCGGCAGGAGGCUGAACGGCGCCGGGUGGCUGACCACAUUCAGCAUUUCAACAAGCUCACCCUCUACUCUCCGACGGGCUUGAAAAGCAAACAGAUCCGGUCUCCGCUCAAGUUCCAGCGCACCCCUGUUCGACAGACGGUCCGCAGGAUMAACUCUCUCUCGGGGGACAGUCGGAGAUUCAAUCGAAACGUGACAAAGUCUUUGAGCCUGGAGAGCGGCCUCUCACCUCACUCAAAACUCCACCCUCCUCACCCGGAKCAGCCACCGGUGAGACUGUCCCGCAGCGCGCACGACGUGAAGAAACCUCCCCCCAUCCCACCAAAAAGGCCAAGCUGCCUCGUUCGGAAAGCCACCUCCUGCGCCCUGGGCGACGUGACCAACAAGACCCAGCCAAAGAUUGUGGAGCGCUCGGCCUCGAGCUCGUCAGGAACCCUUAAGAAUCCUGUGCAGCAGGUUGUAGUGAAGGACAUGAACCAUUACAGAGGGUCUCCCAGAAACCCCCUCAUCCCAGGACGACUGCUGUCUGCUACAAAGCCUGUUGAUUUAUAGAAGCUGCUUUUUUUUUCUUUCUCUCUCUUGCUACGCGUGUCUUUAUGGUAAAUGACGUUGAACAUUCCAGCAUCCAUAUUUUUAUUACAAUAAUUUAUUUUACAAGUAAAGACUGGAAAGAAUCUUUUUGGGAGAUUUUCAGAAGCCAUGUGAAAUGAUGGCACACCAGGUAGWUUUUAGAUCAAAGUAUUCAGGCUAAAUUAUGUAAAUUUUAAGGUUUUACAGCUAAUUCUGAUACAUUUGGGGAAAAUUGCGAGAGGUGAUUUUAAAAUUUAUUUUUGUUGUUGAAAUGUUGAAACAUUUCGUCAAUGACCUCAUGAAAAAGACUAAACCCCUCUUGAUUUUUCUUUUGUUUUUAGAGGGUUAAAAAAGUUUUGAUUAGUUCAUUGUUUCCAAAUUUUCAGCUUUUUUUUUUUUUGCCUUUUUUUUAAAUUGCUUCAGCUGAAUUAAAAAAAAAAAGCACAGUUUGAGAUUUUUCUGGUUGACUUUUGUUCUGAGAUGUGAUCAAUCUUGGUGGCGCCACAAGGGGGCGUCCUACAUUUACAUCUCCCUCGUGCAGCAAUUUAUUCAGGUCCCAGUUCAUCCAGUAACAGUCAGGGAUUCAUUCUGUCAGUCUUCUAGUUUCUUUAUCUUAAUAAACUGUAAUAAUAAUUUAACUUURCAGUUUGCAUUUUUCUAUA